AUGGCAACAGUUGAAACAAACGUGAAGCACCGCCUAGAGCUUCUUGAGCGCACUGUCUAUGCUCUCCAGGCUCAGCACCGUCUCCUAGAGUACCGCAUACAGUACAUCGAGGAUGAGAACAGGUCCGUCCCGGGCAAGACAGCCUCAACUGUGGCUCAAUUUAGCAUAUUUGAGCCGGUGACAACAACCAUGGCACCUUCAUCCAGUAUUGUGACACCUCAACCUACCACCCGGCCCAAAAAUUACUUUUCUGGAUUGACAUCGCUUGCAGCUAGUGAGGAUGCUACUAAAGGCCAGCCACCUGGGGCAGUGACUGGUCUUUCAAACAAGUUUUCGUUUUUGAGCAUUCUGGAUGAGCCAGGCCCUCUGGGUAGCCCUACCUCGAGUCCCUCUCGUCAACAUAGAGAAUCGGCCGUUGACCAGAUUGCCCUAUGCCUGACACCCUGUCGCGAGGGCCCAUCGAAGACUACUAGAGAUGAAACUAACACUUCGAUCUCGAACGGGUCGGUCCAUCAGGAAAAUGAGCCAAAUAAAGCAUCAUCUGGUGGUCCCAUCAGCGUCUUUGUUUCUUCAACUAGUUCAAAGCCUGAUUAUUUCGCCACAAAGAAGCCAAGAAAGUCCGGGGUGCCCUGGGAUGGAACCAUUGAAUGGAAACUCAUUCGCAUUUUCACUGACCGAAAAGACGAGAUCCAGGCUAUGAACAACUACUCUUUGACAGUAGGGCAGGGCGCGCUAAAAGACCAAUAUCUCUUUCAGUAUGGUCUUCGCUAUUUGCCCAGGCCCCAUGACAAGAAUACCUACCGUACUGUCCGUGUAGAGGGGCUCCCUGAUGAUGCCACUCUUGAUGGUUUGCUUGCCCAAGUUUGUUAUGGUAACGUCUACUCUGCUGACUUGCUUAACACGAUUGGAAUUGUCGGUUAUCACACAGCAAGAAUCGUCUUCCUUCACCAGCAGUCUGCUCUUGCUUUUUGCAAGCAUGUCAAAUCAAACGGGAUAUUUGUCCAUGGUUUCCGCGUGCGUGCUACUAUGGAGAAGACUGCAACCUAUCCCAUGGGAAAAUACAUUAGUGACGCGAUUUCCCAUUACGGAUGCACCCGGUGUGUGUCCAUUUCCGGCAUAUCUGAUGAUUCGGUCGAUUAUGUCAAGAGAUUGAUUAAUCAGACGUAUCUCAAGUACUCAAUCGAGACCCUCAUUCACCGAGAAGACAAAGAAGAACUCAUCGUGCGAUUCCAUUCUAUGAAGUCGGCCUUAAUUGCGCACCAUGAGUUCAAGACGAGAAUUAGGCUUCAGGGCUGCUGUGUGGAGUAUAGGCAGGAUCCUUGCAAUCGUGUGCCUGUCAAAACUGCGAUAGCGUCGGGCCAUGCUUGA